AUGCCCCAAACAACCGUUUCUUCUUCUUCUUCGGUUAUUCAUCACCCACUCUUUCCAUCUCUCCUAGCCACCCACAGCGUUAACGUCGCUGAUGGUCAUCGUCACUACAAGAGUGCUUCCUCUCAACCCUCGACCAUCACGAGUGAGGACAUUAAAAAAAAGUUAACGGAAAGUGGAGAGAAUUCUAAUAAUAAUAAUAAUAAUAUUAACAAUAAUAAUAUUCAGAACGAACAACAAAAUAAUCUCUUGAUCAACUCUUCAACAAACUCAACUUUGAACCAUCAUGGAGGUGAUCAUUCUGUGAUGGUUUCAGCCAUUCCCAUUCAACAAGAUGAAACUUCAGUCGUCAAUCAAUUGUGUCAUAAUUUUCUAGUGCAAGCAAAUUAUCCUAGUGUGGUUGAAAGUGAAAUUCCAAGUAUGGUCAUGAAUUCACAACCUUCUCUUUCCUCUUUUGAUCAUUCGAUUUGUGGUCUUGCAGCAAUCACUGCAUUACAUAAAUUGGAAUUACAAACUAUGUAUAAUUUAUGUGAAGAUUUUAUAGAUCAAAUGCAACACACUCUUCAUAUUGAGAAACAACAUGUGAAAUUUUGUGCAAAACAAAGAAUUCAACAUCCGAAUGUGUAUGGAAGUAAUGCUGUAUUUUUUGGACCUAAUUAUGGUAAUGGUGGUGGUACUGUGAAUAAUCAUGGUGGUAAUGGUGUUGGUGGUGGUGUGAAUAGUGGCAGUGGUGGUGGUGGUGUUGGCAAUUCUCUGAAUUAUGAUUCUUUUGAUCCAUUUGAUGCAUCACCAAAUUUGGCACUUGAUCAACAUCCGAAUGGUUCAGAUGAUGGAUUGGGAGAUGAUGAUGGAGAUUAUCCAUUGGCAGAGAUUAAAAAGACUGAGGAUGUGGUGAAGGAAUUGAAGAAACGAUACUCGGGUGAAGUGUUGACAUUGGCAAAAAAGAAGAAGAAUUUUUCAAAGAGUGCCACCGAUGUGUUGAAUGUUUGGUUUUUCCAACAUCUUCAUGAUCCAUAUCCUAGUGACGAUGAAAAGAGAAUUCUCUCUCAACAAACUGGUCUAUCUCUCUCCCAAGUGAAUAACUGGUUUGGUAACAAGAGAAUGAGAUAUAAGCGUAAAAUGUUGGAACAAAACAGAAGAAAUGGCCAGAAAGGAGCUGGUUCUUCUCAAGCAGGUGAUGAUGAUGACACUCCACAGCAACAACUUCAAUUCCAUAACGAUCAGGAUUUUAAUUUCAACUAG